AUGAUUCAGAAUAUUGAGAAGACAGUUCUGCUCUCUGAGCAUGUCAAUCUACUUACUACUGAGAUGGAACCUGAGGCAGUAGAUCAGAAAAUGCAGGAUUUUGAGAUACAGAUUAAUCUGGCUGAGAGAGAGCAGCAGAAACCCUCUUCUGAGAAGAUAGUGAAGAGAGAUUUUGAGAUGAUUAUCAUCUCAGAUGAGAAGGAGAAGAAGAAGAAGAAGAAUAAGAAGUAA